AGAGAGAGAGAGAGAGAGCGAGCAAACAAGGGAGGGGCAGAGAAAGAGAGGGAGACACAGAAUCCAAAGCAGGCUCCAGGCUCUCAGGUGUCAGUACAGAGCCUGAUGUGGGGCUUGGACUCACAAACCACGAAAUCAUGGCCUAAACUGAAGUUGAUGCUUAAUGGACUGAGCCACCCAGAGGCCCCCCCCCCCGCCUUUUUAAAAAAAGAUUAUUUAUUUAUUUUGAGAGAGAGAGAGCAAGGAGGGGAGGGGCAGAGAAGAGAGGGAGAGAGAGAGAAUCCCAAGCUGGCUCUGCAUUGUGGAGCCUGAUGCAAGUCUUGAACUCACUAACUGUUAAGAUCAUGACCUUAGCCGAAAUCCACAGUUGGAUGCUCAAUCAACUGAGCCACCCAGGCACUGCUUAUUUCUUGAUAGUUUCCUUAAUCAAAUUCAACCAACAGAUGAAUUAAAGAGUAGGAUUUAGAAUAUCUGUAACUUUAGAGUAUGUCUUUUGUUUGCCUUGACUACACUUAUCCUGUCUGUCAUUGGAUUUGAAUGCCUUCUGGUGUGUGGAUUCUGUGUUGGCUAGAGAGGUAGCAUAAACAUCUUCUAGGGAAGAGCAAUUAAAAAAUUUAGUAAGUAGUAUCUUGUUUACUGUUGUUCAGUAAAGUCAGUGCCACAGUAUAUUUGCUGUAGGAUUUGCGGGUAGGGGAGGUGGCAACUAAAUUUACACAAGAAUCACACAACUUUUACAUUCAUGUAGCACUUUUGAGUUUAUUCAGAGUCAAAUCCUUCAUUUGAUUCCUGUAACAAUCAUGUGUGAUGGGCAGGGCAGGCCUCAUAGUACCCGUUUUACAAAUGUGAGAAGACGGGCUCAGAGAGGUGAAAUGAUUUGCCCAAGGUCAAAAGCAAGCCAUUGCCAAUGCCUGGUUUAGAGUUCCAUGUAUUAUCCAUCUCAGCAUGCAAAACACAAACUCAAAGUUAGAUGCUUACAUGCUGUAGGUGAGCUGGACUUGAAGUAGCUACUUACUACUGACAUUGUAUGUGUUAAACACAUGUUCAACUUGCAGGAACAAAAAGCUUGACUUAAAGUGGCUUGAACAAAUAAGGGUUCAAUGUUUUCAUAUAACAAGAAGCCUGGAGGUAGGCAGUUACUGGUGCUGGUUCUGCUCUUCAAUGAUUCAGACUCUUUCUGACUUUUUGCUCUGCUGUUCCUGUAUUUAUUGACUUUUGUUCUCAUGCUUAGCACGUGGUUGCAAGAUGGCUGUUCUAGCUUUGGGUAGAAAGCGGAUGGAGUGUGUGCAGUGGGUGUGUGUGUUGGUGGGUGGAUGCUAGUUUCAUCUAUUCCUCUUUUCAGGAAAAAUAAGUUGCCCAGAAAUUCUACUUAAAAAACUUCUGUUUAAGUUGGCUAGAGAGUUGGCCCAUGUCCCUGAGUCCCCUAUACCCUCUUCCACCUUGCAACGAGGCAGGAAAAAAUCAAUGUUUAGCCUUGUCAACCUUAAGAGUAGAGACAGACAAAGGGGAAAGGUAGUCUGCAAUGGGUUUUGAAUGAGUCAACCUACAGUGUCUGUCACAGUCUUACUGUAAUUCCAUUUGGAACAAAGAGCAUUGAGUGAACAUCCCUAUACAUUCCUGUGACUGCAUGAAUUUUGUGAUGUUUGUUUCUGAGUGCUAGGCAGCUUUUUCCUGAUCAUCUCCUGAGAAAGUCAAAUUUAAAUAACACCGAUUUCAUCUUUUUUGGGUGUAAUUACUUUGAGUGCGGGUGUUGGUUGGAGGUUGGGUUGUUUGUUUCUGCUUAGCAUUUCUUUGCUAGCAUAUCUAUUUCGUGAAUUAUUUGUGAGUUACACAUCUACUUUAUCAUCCUUUGUCAACAUUCAUUUUCUGCAUGCUUGUAAAUUAAUAAAGAAGAGGAAUCAACAUGUGUUUCUCAUCUCUAAGAAUGGUUAUAUAGGAUCUGUAGGACUUGCAUUAGGUUGCUUGCUUAGACGAAGUGUAGGCCUGUUCAAGAAGAUACCUUAAAUUGCAGCAAAGUGAUAGAUAGCACUUAUUACUUUUUCCAGUUUAGUGGAGUAGAAAGAGAAGAUUUGGAGUCAGACGGACUAGUGUUAUAGUCCCGGAUCACCUCUGGAACCAGUCCCCUCAGUGAGGGUAACACUGCUCACUCAGAGCUAUGGGGAUUCAUGAUGUGACCAAUAUGAUUGGCAGCACUGUGGGGCUGGGUUAGAGAAGGUGUUUGUUGUGUUUUAGGUCCCCUUUGUCUUUCUAGUUCCUUGGGUCCCCUAUAAUACCCUGGCUUGUUAAACUUGGAAGCAGUUUAUCUAUUUCCCUUGAUAAAAAGGUUUAGUGUUUGUUUCUUACAGAAAGGGGAAGUAAUUAAAAAAUUUUGGCCCACUGGACUUCCCUUCUGAUUCAAUAUGCAGCCAUCAUAUCUAAUGAAAGAACAGCAAGUACCCAAUUAAAUAUCACAGAGUUAUCACGUUGAAGAAAAGAUAUUCUGUAGCCAGGAUAAAAGUGUCCUCAAAAUGGAAUCCAUGCCCUCUUUCCCUAUUCUUCUUUCUCUUCAUCCUGCCCUUCCUUUAUAAGCUAUCUUGAGUCAGAGAAAGGAAAAAGUGCCAUUCUAAGAUGCUUUUGAAAAGAAACCGCUAAUUUGGACGUCUGAAUCUGAAGAGAGAAUAUAGGUAAAUCAAAGAUCAUUUUAAUUUUUCUUUUUGUUGUAUAUUUUUCAUACACGUGUCACCAAAUUUUCAUAUACAGAAAUUCAUCUAAUUCUUGGGGCAUUAGGGUGCCUCAGUUGGUUGAACAUCUGACUCUUGAUUUCAGCGCAGGUCAUGAUCCCAGGGUCAUGGGUUGUAGCCCCAUGUUGGGCUCUGCGAUGUGUGGAGCCUGCUUAAGAUUCUCUCUCUCUGUCUCUCUUUCUCCCUCUGCCCCUCCCCCCCACUCUUUCUUUCUCUCUAAAAUUAAAAAAAAAAAGAAAUUCAUCUAAUUCUUAGUGAAGUCUACUUUCUGACACAGUGGUUUUAUGAUAUUUAUAAAACAGGUUAUAAAAUGUAAUUAAAUUCUGCCAUCCCUUUGAUUUGUUAGUUCUGAUGAGCAUUUCAAAAAACUGCAUUAUAUUUGAACAGUGUAGUUUGAAAACAUUUUUUUUACACAACUUUGGUAAACAACCAGUAAGCACUUCAGUAAUAAGUUGGAUCACACCAUACAAAGGUUGUUUGUAUUUGGUAGAAUCAAAGUGUGAGACUUUGUAAUUUAGUGUCAUAGAACAACCAUGAGAAUGACAUGUGAAAUAUAAGCAGUGAGUGAGAAGGCAUGAGGGAAAAUGAAACACACCAGUGAGUCCUAAGGUGUGGCAGCUUAAAGCUAGUUGGGACCAUAUCCUGCAAUUCCUAUUGACUUGGUCAUUUUUUGGUGACACUACCACAAAUAACAAAGUAUUUUUUUUUCAGUAAUUGCUGUCCUUAUUCAAGGAUUAUAUAUCCUCCUUUGUUUUACAGGCCAAAAUGAAUUUUUGAAAUGGCUAGCUGAGAUUAGAAUGAUAAAUUUGAGGAACAGAACAAAUCAAAAUAGGUCUCAAAAAAAUGGAACCUAUGACUUUGACCUAGUUGUCUCAGGCUUUCACUGAAUGAAAUGAGGCAGAUUAUAAACUGUACACUGUUUAGUGGAGGCAUUUGUAUUCUGCUCACAAUCUGAGUUUUAAAUUGUUAACAGAGAUUAUUUUAUGUGGUGUUCAAAUAUACACUAAAAUGAACCCAAGUGUAAUAUACACUUUAAAAUUGUUAAUCAGAUUAAAAAACCCCUUUAUUAGGGGACAUGUAGGAUAUAUGCAAAAAUAAGUAGAAUAGCAUAAAUAAAGCAUAAAGUGAACCAUGUAGAGAACACUUCAUGUACCUACUCCCCAUUUUCAACAAUUUACAGCCAAUUCACGCCAUAUCUUGUUUCAUCUAUUCCUCCUUCCCCUCCUCCCCUUUUUUCGAUCCAUAUUAUUUUGACGCAAAUCAUAUAAUUUUAUCCAUGAAUAUUUCAGUAUGUGACUCUGAUAGAUAAAGACUAUUCCCAAUAUUAAACAGUUUAAAAUGGCUUUUUUAUAUGGUAGAAGUGUAAAACAUGAGAAUGAUACUUGGGAAUGCAAGCUGGUGCAGCCACUCUGGAAAACAGUAUGGAGGUUCCUCCAAAAACUAAAAUAGAACUACCCUACGACCCAGCAAUUGCACUACUAGGUAUUUAUCCAAGGCAUACAGGUGUGCUGUUUCACAGGGACACAUGCACCCCAACGUUUAUAGCAGCACUAUCAACAAUAGCCAAAGUAUGGAAAGGAAAGAGCCCAAAUGGCCAUCAAUGGAUGAAUGGAUAAAGAAGAUGUGAUACACACACACACACACACACACACACACACACACACACACACCGGAGUAUUACUUGACAAUCAAAAUGAAUGAAAUCUUGCCAUUUGCAACUACGUGGAUGGAACUGGAGGAUAUUAUGCUAAGUGAAAUUAGUCAGAGAAAGACAAAAAUUAUAUGACUUUGCUCAUAUGAGGACUUUAAGAGACAAAACAGAUGAAUGUAAGGGAGGGAAACAAAAAUAAUAUAAAAACCGGGAGGGGGACAAAACAGAAGAGACUCAUAAAUAUAGAGAACAAACUGAGGGUUACGGGAGGGGUUGUGGAAGGGGGGGAUGGGCUAAAUGGGUAAGGGCAUUAAGGAAUAUACUCCUGAAAUCGUUUCACUAUAUGCUAACUAAUUUGGAUGUAAAUUUUAAAAAAUAAAAAAUAAAAUAAAAAAAACCCAUGAGAAUGAUACUUAGCAUCAAGCUUAUUAAAUUUCACGUCCACAUGUUUUUCACACAUCUAUGUCCAAGCUUAUUUUCUGCAAACCACCACUUUUGCUGCUUAAUGUUUGGUGGUCGUUGUAUAGAUGUAAUUUAGUUAAAAUGUUAAAACAGCUUUGAAUUUUUUUCCUUUCAUUGGUGACUUUUUUUCCAGAUGGAAAUUUUUGUCUCCGCUGAGUAGUUGAUCUUGUUUUACAUGGAAAUAUUAUCUCUGAGGAUGGUUCUACAUGACCUCUGAUGACUCCCCAUCAGUGCUCUUCUGUCUUGAAACCACCCCCGUGUAUUUGAGAGCAGCUGGAAAGAAGAUAAAAAUCCCUAAAUUUAAGGAUCCUUCUAACCAAAAAUGCGGCGGAAGAAAGAAAACCGUGUCUUUCAGCAGCAUGCCGUCAGAAAAGAAAAUCAGCAGUGCGAGCGACUGCAUCAGCUUCAUGCAAGCUGGCUGCGAACUGAAGAAGGUCCGGCCAAAUUCUCGUAUUUACAACCGUUUUUUCACUCUGGACACAGACCUCCAAGCUCUUCGCUGGGAACCUUCCAAGAAAGACCUAGAGAAAGCUAAGCUAGACAUUUCUGCCAUAAAAGAAAUCAGACUGGGGAAGAACACAGAAACAUUUAGAAACAAUGGCCUUGCUGACCAGAUUUGUGAGGACUGUGCCUUUUCCAUACUCCACGGGGAAAACUACGAGUCUCUGGACCUCGUUGCCAAUUCGGCGGAUGUAGCGAACAUCUGGGUUUCAGGUUUGCGGUACCUGGUUUCUCGAAGUAAGCAGCCCCUUGACUUUAUAGAGGGCAACCGGAACACGCCGAGGUUCAUGUGGUUGAAAACAGUGUUCGAAGCAGCAGAUGUUGACGGCAAUGGGAUUAUGCUGGAAGACACCUCUGUAGAGUUGAUAAAACAACUCAACCCUACCCUGAAGGAAUCCAAGAUCAGGCUAAAGUUUAAAGAAAUCCAGAAGAGCAAAGAAAAACUAACCACACGAGUGACAGAAGAGGAAUUUUGUGAGGCUUUUUGUGAACUUUGCACCAGGCCGGAAGUGUAUUUCUUACUGGUACAGAUAUCUAAAAAUAAAGAAUAUUUGGAUGCUAAUGAUCUCAUGCUCUUUUUAGAAGCUGAACAAGGAGUUGCCCAUAUUACCGAGGAUAUGUGCUUAGACAUUAUUCGAAGAUAUGAACUUUCUGAAGAUGGCCGUCAGAAAGGGUUUCUUGCAAUUGAUGGCUUUACCCAGUAUCUGUUGUCACCAGAAUGUGACAUUUUUGAUCCUGAGCAAAAAAAGGUUGCUCAAGAUAUGACCCAGCCAUUAUCUCACUACUACAUCAAUGCUUCUCACAACACCUAUCUCAUAGAAGACCAGUUUAGGGGGCCUGCUGAUAUUAAUGGGUAUGUUAGAGCUUUGAAAAUGGGCUGUCGAAGCAUUGAACUCGAUGUAAGUGAUGGUUCGGACAAUGAACCCAUCCUUUGUAAUCGAAAUAAUGUGACAACACACCUUUCCUUUCGAAGUGUCAUAGAGGUGAUAAACAAAUUUGCCUUCGUUGCUUCUGAAUACCCACUCAUUCUUUGCUUGGGAAAUCACUGCUCCCUACCCCAGCAGAAGGUAAUGGUUCAACAAAUGAAAAAGGUCUUUGGCAAUAAGCUCUAUACUGAGGCACCUUUGCCAUCAGAAACCUACCUCCCAUCACCAGAAAAAUUAAAAAGAAUGAUUAUCGUCAAAGGAAAGAAAUUGCCUUCUGACGCAGAUGUUUUAGAAGGAGAGGUCACAGAUGAAGACGAGGAAGCGGAAAUGUCUCGAAGGCUGUCAGUAGAUUACAAUGGUGAGCAGAAGCAGAUCUGGCUGUGUAGGGAGCUCUCUGAUUUGGUCUCUAUCUGUAAAUCUGUUCAAUAUAGGGAUUUUGAACUGUCCAUGAAAAGUCAAAACUACUGGGAAAUGUGUUCAUUUAGUGAAACAGAGGCCAGCCGAAUUGCAAAUGAAUACCCAGAGGAUUUUGUAAAUUAUAAUAAGAAGUUCUUAUCAAGAAUCUAUCCAAGUGCCAUGAGGAUCGAUUCCAGUAACUUGAAUCCACAGGACUUUUGGAAUUGUGGCUGUCAGAUUGUGGCAAUGAAUUUUCAGACUCCCGGUCCAAUGAUGGAUCUUCACACAGGCUGGUUUCUUCAAAACGGAGGAUGUGGUUAUGUUCUAAGGCCAUCCAUCAUGCGAGAUGAAGUUUCUUACUUCAGUGCAAACACAAAGGGCAUCGUACCUGGGGUGUCUCCUCUAGCUCUUCAUAUCAAGAUCAUCAGUGGUCAGAAUUUUCCAAAGCCCAAGGGAGCUUGUGCCAAAGGAGAUGUCAUAGAUCCUUAUGUUUGUAUAGAGAUACAUGGAAUUCCAGCAGACUGUUCAGAACAAAGAACUAAAACUGUACAGCAAAACAGUGAUAACCCUAUUUUUGAUGAAACUUUUGAGUUUCAAGUAAACCUACCUGAGCUGGCCAUGAUCCGUUUUGUCGUUCUAGAUGAUGACUACAUUGGGGAUGAGUUUAUAGGACAAUAUACAAUACCAUUUGAAUGUUUGCAGCCUGGAUAUCGGCAUGUUCCCCUGCGCUCUUUUGUGGGUGACAUCAUGGAGCAUGUAACCCUUUUUGUCCACAUAGCAAUAACUAAUCGAAGUGGAGGAGGAAAGCCACAGAAGCGCAGCCUGUCAGUGAGAAUGGGGAAGAAAGUUCGAGAAUAUACCAUGCUCAGGAAUAUUGGUCUUAAGACCAUAGAUGACAUCUUUAAAAUAGCAGUUCAUCCUUUACGAGAAGCCAUAGAUAUGAGAGAAAAUAUGCAGAAUGCCAUAGUGUCUAUUAAGGAGUUGUGUGGACUUCCUCCGAUUGCCAGUCUGAAGCAGUGUCUGUUGACCUUGUCCUCUCGGCUCAUCACCAGUGACAAUACUCCCUCAGUCUCUCUUGUGAUGAAAGACAACUUUCCUUAUCUGGAGCCUCUGGGGGCAAUUCCAGAUGUGCAGAAAAAAAUGUUGGCUGCCUAUGAUCUGAUGAUUCAAGAGAGCCGGUUUCUCAUAGAAAUGGCAGAUACAGUCCAGGAAAAGAUUGUGCAGUGUCAGAAAGCAGGGAUGGAAUUUCACGAGGAACUUCAUAAUCUAGGGGCGAAAGAAGGCUUGAAAGGAAGAAAACUCAACAAGGCGACUGAGAGUUUUGCCUGGAACAUUACAGUAUUGAAGGGCCAAGGAGAUCUGUUGAAGAAUGCCAAGAAUGAAGCUGUAGAAAACAUGAAGCAGAUCCAGCUGGCGUGCUUGUCUUGUGGACUUAGUAAGGCACCUAGCAGUUGUGCCGAGGCCAAGAGCAAACGCAGCCUGGAAGCCAUAGAGGAGAAGGAAAGUGGCGAGGAGAACGGGAAGCUGUGACCCUGAGCAGUACCGACACACUCACUCAUCCUUCCUCUUGAGGACUCUGGUUUUUCUUUCUGGUUUUCUUUCUGUAAGCUUUAUAGAAAUUCACAAAAAGGUACCCUCUAUAGGGUGUUGGACAUAGACAGAUAUUUUCACAAUGUCAGUAUUUUAAUGUAGUUAAUUUAUCUAAGUUAAAAGCUUUAGUAGCAGUGUUUAAAAUUCUGAGAUGAGUGUACAUACCCAUGUGUGGAUGUGAGUGGGAGUGUGUGUGUGUGUGUGUGUGUAUGUGUGCGUGUGUGUGUAUGUGUGUGUGUGUGUGUAUGAGAGAGAGAGAGAAAGAGAAAGAGAGAGACAGAAAGUGAAGUGAGAGAGAAAAAGAGAGGGAGAGAGAUUGAGAUCCUGUGAAAAUCUAUUCUAUGUUGCAUUAUUCAUUUAGUAAGUUAUUAUGUUAUCAUUUUGGGACAAAUUUGUUAAUCUGAAAUUCUAAAGAGCACUUACUAUAACCUGUUGCUGUGUUUAAUUUUACUUCUCUACCUUCUUCAUUUAAUUUAGAGAUCUUAACAUAGGUUAUUAUCAAAGGAAGCCAAAUUUACCAGUGCAUAGAUGUUUUGAUAGACUAAAUAUAGAUUAGAAAAAUUCCUAAGAAUCACAGUAGAAAUAAAAGUGAGUGAAAGAUUAAAAAAUGAUCAGAAUUUCUAAGAGAAUCAGCAAAAUCAUUUCUUCACUUAGAAACUCUUUAAACUAUUUAUUAAAAAAAAUCAAAUUUUAGAAAGUUUUUUUGUGGUUGUAUAUUAAACAUGUAUGAUUUCAGUGGAAAAGCUGAUAAGUGAAUUUAUACCCACCUACAUGGAACUCUGAAACACAGUGAGAGCUCUGUUGUAAUUAGGACUUUGAUGUGACCUUAUUUUCAGUUAUGAAAUGUCAAGGUUGAGAUCUUUAGGAAGGCCUCAUUCUUCCAGACUGGGAGUCUAGCAUUCAUCUAUAACAGACAUGAGCAGUAGGAGGUCUUGGCUUUUAUUAAAUAUAAUUUAUUGUACUAAAUUUAAAUUUAAAGACAUUGUUCAACCACAUCAUCAUGUUGAAUUGACAUAAAUUCCGUGGGUCAGAUAACAUCUUUGUGAUGAUUUAAGAGCUAACUUAUUACAAAAUAUGAUAUAAUUUUAAUACAUGAACAAAAAUAUACAUACAAAAGAAGCAAACUAAUUAGGGUACAUUUAUAAUUGCAUCCAGAUAAUUUUUACCCUUAUAUCUUCAUAAAGAACUUGAGUGUAAUAUGUUUGUUACUUCCACCAGAACUAAAUGUUCUAUGGUUAUGAAAAUAUAUUUAUUUAAAACAUUGCUUUUAUUUUGAAAAGCUUCUUAAUUAAUUUGAUUAACAAAUACGCAAGUUUGGGGGAAACUAGGGAAGAUAAUUGUUAAAAUUUUUGCAAUUAUAAGCAUCUUCUAUAGCUACUGUGUUAAGUUUUUUUCUGACUUCUUAACACUAUUAUGUUCAUGUUGCACAUUACUGAAAGUAAAGAUAUGAAACAACA